GUAGCUGAAAAGAAAACUAUGCAGCCUGCAGCUUCCAGUAUUUGACCAAGCAGGAGAUUAAUAAUCCAAUGAGGAAGUAGCUCCUCCCUUCACCUUGUGCUGUUAUUUCUUUCUGGAAAUGAGAAAGAUGGCUGUUACACAGACCCAGGGAAAGAGUCCUUUAAUUCUGUUCCUAGCCCUUCUUGGUUUUUGCACUUUUGGUUCAGCCAGGUCUGGAAAACUUCUGGUAGUACCAGUAGAUGGUAGUCGUUGGAACGGAAUCAAGGCUGUUGCUGAGGAACUGAGCCAGAAAGGCCACAUGGUGACCGUGGUGAUUCCAGAGGUAAGCAUGCAGAUGGGGCCAAGCAAUUUCUACACCACCAAGACGUAUCCAGUACCCUACACAAAAGAGUAUUUGAAGAGCCUCCAGGAUGCUCAGGGUAAAAAUAUUUUUAGCCAGAAGCCCUUUCUGGAAAAAAUUACCUCAGGACUGGAUAGGAUCCAGAAUAUGUCACAUUUUUUCAGGCUGACCUGCGAAAGCCUACUGUACAACAAAGAACUGAUGAACUUCCUGAGAGAGCAAGAGUUUGAUGCUAUUUUGACAGAUCCUGUAUUACCCAUUGGAGUCAUCGUGGCUGAAUAUCUCUCUCUUCCAUCAGUCUACCUGCUGCGGGGGAUUCCCUGUGGCUUGGACUUCAAGGCCACCAUGUGUCCCAGCCCACCUUCUUAUGUUCCCCGUUUUUUCACCACAAAUACGGACCAGAUGACUUUUCCCCAGCGAGUGCUGAACGUUUUCGUCAGUGUCGUGGAACCUGUGUUCUGUAAACUUUUGUAUUUUUUGUAUGACGACAUCGCAUCGGCGUUUCUUCAGAGGGGUGUCACAGUAGCAGAAAUGAUGAGCCGUGCCUCUGUGUGGCUCAUGAGGUUCGACUUCACUUUGGAACAUCCUAGGCCACUGAUGCCCAAUAUGGUUCUAAUAGGAGGAAUCAACUGUGCUGUGAAGAAAUUGCUUCCACUGGUAUGCCCUGUUCAGUUUUUUAUUUCAUUACAAUAAACAGAUAUAGAACAAGUUUAAUUACUUUCUUAAAUCUUAAAGGGGAACUGCAGUCCCAAUUUUUCAGACCGGUUCUUAAAUCUCGGUAGCAAAAUAAGUUAAUUGACUAGAGGGGAAAAAAAUGGCAGAUUUUGAAUUAAGCUCAAAAUCAUGA